AUGGGUGACACGAAUAAGACACCGACAGAGGAGGAAAUUGAUCAGGCAAGCGAUUUGCGUUCACAAGCGGCCGCUGCUUAUUCCGAACAGAAAUUUGAUGAAGCCAUCGAUCUAUAUACCAAAGCUAUCGAGCUGAAUCCCGGCAAUGCCUUGUUCCAUGCCAAGCGCGGUCAGGCAUUUCUCAAACUAAAGAAGCCCAAUGCUUGUAUUCGUGACUGUGACAAAGCGUUGGAGUUGAAUUGUGAUUCAGCGGCGGCCUACAAGUUCCGCGGCCGUGCUCACCGUUUGUUGGGUAAUUGGGAGAAAUCUGCCAACGAUUUGCGGCAAGCUUGCAAGUUAGAUUUCGAUGAGGAGGCAGACGAAUGGUUGCGUGAAGUAACACCCAACGCCAAGAAACUCGAACAGCACCGUAUUAAGCAGGAACGGAAGCGUGCCGAGCGCGAAAGCAAGAAGGCACAGCACAAGGCUCGUGCCCACGCUAAAGAACGUAAGCAACAGCAACAACAGCAGCCACAAGAGCAAAAACCAGCAAAUGAUAUACGCUUCGAUCCAGAGUUUUUGACCGCCCUUCAGGAUAAAGAGUUUCAGCAGAUGCUGAUGGACAUUGCAAAGAGUCCAGAGAAUAUUGAGAAGUACAAGAGCAAUCCGAAAUUCGCUAAAAUCGCCGAGUUCGGCAACAAAAUUGGUUUAGAAAAUGUUGCCAAGAUGUUCGAGGGCUUGAACAGAACACAAGCGCCACCUCCUAAACCAGAACCCAAAGCCGAGCCGAAACCACAAGAUUUCGAUGAUAAUUUAGAUUAG